AUCCACUGUAUCAAAUUCAAAAUUAUACAUCUUUGUAAUGUAAAAAUGGAAAAUAUAUACACAUCGUUAAUCGUUCAUUAGUUUGAUUCGAUCUUUACCACGAAUAUUUUUAUGAAGGGUUGGUAUAGCAGUCGUCUUUGAUCACUAAAUAGACAAGAUGGCCAGCAGAUGGAGACGACCCCGGACCAAGGUGUACGACUGCAACUUCAACGUGGCAGAACGUUACUACAAACCCGUCAUGGACAGCCUGGACCGCAAACACGGACACUCCAGCCUGGACCCCGUGUCUCCACUGGACGAGCGGGACUCCACCCCGGCGUCCCGGGUAUCUAGACUGAUGGACAGGGAGUCGUCGACCGGUAGAGAGUCGGUGGGCGCCAGAGCUACCAGAAUGAUGGCGGAGUUCGAAAACGGAUUCGAGUCAUCACACAAGAACAGAGCAUCACAGUUGAGGGACGACGAAGACGCCGACGCGGAGUUCGAAGCCACCAUGAAGAAGAUCAGAAACGCCAGGAAAGCGAGGAACGCAGAGUUAGAAGAAGAGUUCGACAGCAUCGCUUCUUCCUCCAGGAAGAACAAGAUCAAUCUCGCAGACCAACUUUUGGACAGCGUCGGACUCAAUAGCAAAACUCAAAGGUCUAUUGAGGAGGAUGUGUAUUCCAAACACAAGAGGGCAGCGAAGAAAUUCUUCGAGGAGGAUGAUGACUCGAUGACCAAGUGGACGGUGGUGAACCCGGCGGCGAAGGCGUUGAAGGAUGCGGAGGACGCUUCUAACGAGUCUUCAGCAACCGCGAGGGCCAGGAAGUCCAGGGCGAGGUUACAGGAUAUUGAUGCAGAGCUGGAGGAGCUCGAUAGGAAGAGCGCAGCUCGACAGAAGAGGAUAGCUGACCUGAAGGUUCUGAUGGCUGAGAACGACUCUCAAGACUCGUCAUCAGCAUCUUCUGUCAAAGUCACUAAGAGGAUCACUGUCAAACAGUCCUCGGAGAAGAAACAGGUGUCUUUCUAAACUGUGUGAUUUUAAAACGUGUUUUUAAUUGUAAUGGAAGCUCACACAUUUUUUAUAUGAAUUUAUUCAAGCUUUCAAUGAAAUUUACAUGUUUAGUAAGUUUUAGACCAUUAUGUAAAAACGUGUAUAUUUGCUAUGUAUGGAUGUCUAGAAAGUAUGUGCAUUUGUAUAAAAGAUAGUAAAGUAAAUCGAUUGUAAAUAUGUUG